CUGCUGUCAGCUGUACACUAAAAUAAACAACAAAUAGUUGUUUGAAUUUAUUAGUACAAGCAUAAAGUUUUUAAUUUGAAACCUCAGUGAUUAUUAACAUUAUAAACAGAGUAUGUGUAUUCAAAAAUUUUAAAUCACUGUGAUAUUUUAUAUGUAAAUGACAAGCUUGCAUUAAACAUGGUUGAUGUUUUUCUAAAUAAAUAUUUGCUUACUCAAUUGGCCCUUGCAAAACAAAAACAGGAAGUGAAACUAACCAAGGAGAAAUCAGUUUCCCAUAAGAGCAAGAAAUUGGCGAAUCGAAUUUCAAAAAUACAAGACAAAAAUUAUCAGAAAAAUCAUGUUCGCGAACGUUGUGGUACCAAAACAUUAUCCCAGCCUCGUGCAUCGACAGAUAAACAUGAAGCAGAGGGAGAAUAUAUACCAUCUUCCGAUGAAGAAACAGACAUUCACUGCCCAACUUUACCGUUUAGACGGCCGAAACAAAAUAACAAAAAUAAUUUAACACCUAAGUCUGAAGAAGACGAAGAAUAUUAUCCAUCUGAAGACGAAGACAUUUACUGCCCAAAUUUAGCUUCAUCAUCGGGAAUCAAACCGAAUAAAACAAAAAAAAAGUUGGAUAAAGAAGAUGAAGAAUAUUUUCCGUCUUGGGAAGAAGACGAAGACGUUUACUGCCCAGGCUUAAGCUCAUCGUUGCGCACUGAAAUAAAUAAAACUAAAAAAAGAAAAGAUGAAGAAUAUUUAUCUCUGUUGGAUGAAGAUAAAGAUAUUCUCUGCUCAACAUCACGCAUCAAACAAAAUAACAUAAAGAAAAUAGUUGAUGAUGGUGACACAAAACUGUAUAAAACAAGGGUGGAUAAUUGGAGGAACAGCUUAAAAUCUGCUUCUGUGGGUAACUAUAAUGAACUUUACAAUUCUGCUGAUAUACAGUAUGUUCUUGAUGGUAACAAAGACCCUAAUGGGAAUCAUGAAUUGCAAAAUGGUCUGUGCAUACCAAAUUAUAUAUGGAAGCAGUUGUAUAAAUAUCAGCGGACAGGAGUAAAAUGGCUUUGGGAGCUGCAUCAAGUGCAGUCUGGAGGGCUGCUUGGAGAUGAAAUGGGAUUGGGUAAAACUGUUCAAAUCAUUGCGUUUCUAGCAGGUUUAUGCGGCUCUGAUGAAGGUUCUUGGGGCGGUCUUGGACCUUCAAUAAUAGUUGCUCCAGCAACAGUUAUUUAUCAAUGGGUGUCACAUUUCCAUUUCUGGUGCCCGCAGCUACGAGUAGCUGUUCUUCACCACUCCGGUUCUCAUGCUGGAAAUCAUAGUAAACUUAUAAAAGAUUUGCAUUUUUCUCAUGGCAUUUUAUUGAUCACAUAUGCUGGCAUUGUAAAGUAUAUAAAUGACUUGUUGUCUAAAAAGUGGCAGUAUAUCAUUUUGGACGAAGGCCAUAAAAUUAGGAAUCCUGACACCCAAGUUAGCAAGCUAGUGAAAAAGUUUGAAACCCCCCAUAGGAUUAUAAUAACUGGAUCACCUAUGCAAAAUAGUUUGCAGGAAUUGUGGUCUCUCUUUGACUUCAUGAGGCCACGUUUGCUAGGCACCUAUACUGCCUUUAUGGAACAUUUUGCUGUUCCUAUUACUCAAGGGGGGUAUGCAAAUGCUACUGAGUACCAAGAAGCAAUAGCUCUAGAAAUUGCUAAAGCUCUCAAAAACAUGAUUACACCUUACAUGUUGAGGACAACCAAAGCUGAAGUCCAGGAACACAUUAAGUUACCUGAAAAAAAUGAGCAAGUUUUAUUUUGUGCACUUUCCAAAGAACAGAGAGACUUAUAUAUGGGGUACCUCAUGGGUAGCACAGUCCGCAGUAUUAUAGAUAGAGACUCAAAAAGUGGGGAACCAUUAAGGGCUCGAGUUUUUGUUGCUUUAUCAACUCUUAGGAAAAUAUGUAAUCAUCCUGAUCUAUAUUUGUAUGAAGCUCAAGAAGAUAAUGAACAAAUAGAUGAGGAAACAUUUGGUCACUGGAAAAGAUCUGGUAAAAUGUCUGUGGUCCAUUCUCUAUUAAAAAUUUGGCUCAAGCAAGGGCACAGGACACUUCUUUUUUCGCAGUCUCGGUCAAUGCUCUGCUUAUUAGAGCAGCAUUUACAAAAUAAUGGAUUCAAAUAUUUAAAGAUGGAUGGUAGUGUUACUGUGAGUCAGAGACAGGGUUUAAUUAAGACCUUCAAUGAAAAUGCUGAAUAUUUAGUUUUUCUUGCCACUACAAGAGUAGGAGGAUUGGGAGUGAAUUUAACAGGAGCUGAUAGAGUUAUCAUUUAUGAUCCUGAUUGGAACCCUGCUACUGACAAUCAAGCCAAGGAAAGGGCCUGGAGAAUUGGUCAAAAUAGAGAUGUUACAGUUUAUAGAUUGCUGUCUGCUGGAACAAUUGAAGAAAAAAUUUAUCAGAGACAAAUUUUUAAGAAUUUUUUGAGUAAUAAAAUUUUAAUAGAUCCAAAUCAAAAAAAUGUUUUAACAACUAGCACUCUUCAGGGCUUGUUCACUCUAGAAGAUCUAAACAGUGAAGGUGAUACAGAGACAGCUGCUCUGUUCAAACAUACAAAAGUAGAUAUGGCAGCUAAACCUAAGACUAAGAAAAAUAAGGUCACUAAUAGUGUAUCAAACUCAAAACGAAAAUUUGAAGAAAUGAAAAAGAAAGCAAAAGAAAUAAGUAAAAAACUUAAAAUUGAGUUUCAGGCAAUAACACAGGAAGAUCCUCGUGAAAAAUAUAAGAAAAAGAGAGAGUUGUUACUUAAUCCACCCGUAAUUGAAGAACCCCAACUUAAUAUAAUAGAUGAUAUAGUUACAGAUGUUCCAUUCCAGAAUGUGCUUUCUGAAUUAGAUAUAAUUAAUAAGCAUACAAAAGUAGACUAUGAACAAAACUUACUUAAAGAUGUAUUAAUUAAUCAAGAGAAAGUUGAGGAAGUAACAGAUUUACAAGUUGAAGAAGGAGAAAUAGUUACUGAAAAACUGAAUGAUAAUGUAGAUGCAGCGCAGCCCAGUUCAUCAAUAGAAAAUGAAGGCAAACUUAAAAAAUCAAGGAAAAGAAAGAACUCUACAUCAUUAUCCAAAUUAGAAAACGUGGUCUCUAUUAAAAAAGUGAAAUGUAAAGGGGACAAAAAUAUCAAAGAAAAAUGUCUCAAUGAUGAUGAUUAUGUUUUAAGCAAGCUUUUUGCUAAAUCAACUGUUAAAAAUGCUUUACAUCACGAUGUAGUCGUAGGAUUAGCUGAGAAAGAGAAAAGGCACAGAAUAAGAGAAGAAGCCGUUAAAAAAGCAAAAAAAGCUGUAAAAGCAAUAAAAUUUUCUUCAUAAUAAAUGUACAUAAAACUAAAAUAAGUUAUUUGUUUAAUUGUAUCUUAGACACAAUUAAAGUGAUAAAAAUUAAUAUCUGAUUUUCACCUCUUCUCUCUAUUAAAUUAGAUGUUAUAGGUUGAGUUGCCAACUCUUUUUAAAGCAUAUAGAGAUAUAUUUAAGAUAUCUGAUUUCUGAGAGGGAAACUAAAGAUAAACUUCUAAUCAAGA